AUGAGUCAAUCACUGUCUGUACCUCCAUUUUUCGACGGAAGUAAUUAUGCAUAUUGGAAUGUUAGAAUGCGUGCGUUCCUUAAGUCCUUAGAUGAGCAUGUUUGGAUUAGCGUUCAAAAUGGUUGGAAACCUCCAUCUACUACCGUAUCAGGAACAAUUAACCUUACUGACAUAUCACUGUGGACUAAAGAUGAAUUAGCUGCAUGUAAUUGGAAUAGUAAGGAAAUUCAUGCAUUAUUCAUGGCCAUAUCUCCAGAAGAGUUUAGGAGAGUGUCUAUGUUUGAAGAAGUGAGGAUGAAAGAUGAUGAAACCUUUGAUGAGUUUUACACUAAACUAAAUGAUAUAGUUAACUCUAGUUUCAACCUAGGUGAGAGAAUUCCCGAGACUAAGAUUGUGAGAAAAGUACUUAGAUCUCUGCCUGAGAGAUUUAGGCCUAAAGUCACUGCCAUUGAGGAAAGUAAGGACCUAGAUGAAGUUAAGAUCGAAGAAUUGGUAGGAUCCUUGCAAACCUAUGAACUCACCAUCUCACAACAUAAGAAAGGAAAGUCCAUAGCCCUAAAAUCCAUUAAAGAAGAUGUAUCUUCUGAUACUAAGUCACUUAGGGAUGAGGAAAUCGCAUACUUUGUUAAGAAAUUGCAAAAAGUCCUCAAGAAUAGGAGAAAGCCUCAGGAUAGGAAGAGUGGAGCCCCUAGCAGAUUCACAAAAGAUAAAAUUGAGAAAGUUAACAAUAAAGGGUCAAGUGAGAAGACACGUUUGGUUAGAUGUCAUGAGUGUCAAGGAAUAGGUCACUAUAGGAAUGAGUGUCCUAGCUAUAAGAAAAAUCAAAGAAAAGGGAAAGAUAGGGCCUUAGUUGUCUCACUUACUGAUAAUGAAUCUGAGACCAGUGAUAGGCCAGAAUCCUCUAGUAGUGAUGAUGAAGGAAAUUAUAUGGCAUUUGUGGCUACUGUUAAGAGUGAAUCUGAUAAGGAAAGUGACAAGGUUGAGGAAGAAAAUUCAAACGAUAAUUCUGGUAAUGAGAAUGAGGAUGAGGAUGACAUAUACUUACAAGAAGCUUAUCAACUGUUGUUUAAGGAGAGUCUUAAAAUAAAGAAGGUCAAUAAAGCCCUACUUAAAAAGGUUGACGAACUUGAAAGAGAAAAAGAGCAACUGGGUAGUAAGCUUCAGGAUUCACUUAAGAGUGGUAGUGAGUUAAAUGGAACUAAUAAAUUGGAUAACCUGUUGGGAAUGAAUAAGCCAAUGGGAGAUAAGAGAGGUCUAGGAUAUGUUGAGGGUAAUACACAUGUUGCUGGACCAUCUAAGACUGUCUUUGUGUCUGCCUCUAAGUCUAAUGCUGUUAGUCAUUUGACUGAGAUGCUUACUAAGCUAACUAAGAGUACUUUGUCAUCUAAAAAGAUUUGGGUCAAAAAGGGUGAUCUAGGAAGACUUUCAGGUCAAGAAAACUGUUUUGUUGCUCAUGUUGCUUUAAAAGCUCAAAAUUCUAAUAUGUGGUACCUGAAUAGUGCAUGUUCUAGGCAUAUGUGUGGUAAUAAAGCUCUAUUCACUACUCUUGAUGAAUGUUUAAAGUCAAAUUUGUUAAGCAUUAGUCAGAUUUGUGAUGACGACUUUGAGGUUAGUUUUGUGCAGAAGAGAUGUACCGUGUAUGAUUCAUCCGGUGGGGUAGUCCUUGAAGGGGUUAGAACAUCUGACAAUUGUUAUGGGGUAUUACCUAAUUCUAACUAUGUUUGUAGGAGUGCUAAAAUUGAUGUGAGUGAGCUCUGGCACAAAAGAUUAGGUCAUUUGAACUAUAAGAGUCUAGAGCAGUUGGCUAAGAAAGAAUUAAUAGAUGGGCUGCCUAAGAUAGUUCCUAGUGAAAAUGUUGUGUGUGGACCAUGUCAACUAGGUAAACAACUUAUGGGGAGCCAUAAGAAGACUACUAAAAUUCUGAUCAAAAGACCCCUGGAGUUGGUACACAUGGAUUUGAUGGGACCUUCUAGGACUGAGAGUUUAGGUGGUAAGCGAUACAUUCUUGUUGUGGUAGACGACUUCUCGAGGUUUACUUGGAUAGAAUUGCUUAGGGAAAAAUCUGAUGCUAGUGACCUCAUAAAGUCUCUGUGUAAACGGCUUAGCAAUGAACUGAAUCUCAAAGUGUUUAGGAUGCGUAGUGACCAUGGAAAAGAGUUUGAGAACUUUAAUCUUGAGAGUUUCUGUAUGGACGAAGGGAUAUUGCAUGAGUUCUCUUCCCCUAUCACUCCACAACAAAAUGGGGAAUUAGCCCUAUACUUUUGGGGAGAAGCUAUUAACACUGCAUGCCACAUCAUCAAUAGAGUCUAUCUUAGACCCAAGACUGAUCAGACCCCAUACCUUAGACCCAAGAUUGAUCAGACCCCAUAUGAAAUUCUUAAAGGUAAAAAGCCUACUGUUAAGUAUUUUAGAGUAUUUGGGAGUAAGUGCUACAUUUUGCGGGAUAGAGAGAAGUUGAGUAAGUUUGAAUCAAAGAGUGAUGAAGGGAUCUUCCUAGGGUACUCUAGGAAUAGCCGAGCAUUUAGAGUGUAUAACUUACGUACCCGUGUGGUGAUGGAGUCUAUAAAUGUUGUAAUAGACGAUGCUGUUAGUGAGGGGGAGAGUGCUGAAAAAUGUGAUAAAGAUGCUGAUCUUUUGAGUUCAAGUGAUCCUACUGAGCUACCUGUGCCUGAAUCAUCUGAAAAGGAAACGCUUCCACAAAAUCUAGAUAAAAGUCCUAAGGAACCAUCGACUAGGGUUAAGUCUAGUCAUCCUAAGGAUAAUAUUAUUGGGGAUCUAGAUGAAGGGAUGAGACUUCGUAGGAGAGUACUGAACAAUCUAGCGUACACUAGCUAUAUUUCUCAGGUAGAGCCUAAGAAAGUUGAAGAGGCCCUUAGUGAUGAGUGUUGGGUGAAUGCGAUGCAUGAGGAGCUAAAUCAAUUUGCUAGAAAUAAUGUGUGGAUCUUAGUUCCCAGACCUGAAAAUUGCUUCAAGUUGCACCAAAUGGACGUUAAGAGUGCCUUCUUGAAUGGACUUCUUCAGAAAGAAGUAUAUGUGGAACAAUCUAAGGGAUUUGUUGAUCCAAAAUUUCCCCACUAUGUCUACAAACUUCACAAAGCACUCUAUGGUUUGAAGCAAGCUCCUAGAGCUUGGUAUGAGAGACUUACAUCAUAUCUGCAAAAACAUGGAUUCUCUCGAGGUGGCGCAGAUAGGACCUUAUUCAUUAGAUAUAUAGAAGAAAAUUUUACCAUUGCUCAGAUUUAUGUCGAUGAUAUCAUUUUUGGAUCUCCUCUUGAGUCUUUAGCAUUUGAGUUUGCUGAGUGUCUACAGAGAGAGUUCGAGAUGAGUAUGGUUGGGGAGUUAAGUUAUUUCCUUGGACUUCAGGUACGACAGACAGAGGAUGGACUGUUUAUCUCACAGUCUAAGUAUGCUAAGGAUCUCGUUAAGCGAUUUAGGUUAGAUAGUAAGAAGCAUACUAGGACACCGAUGAGUACUACCUUAAAGUUAGGUCGUGAUCCUUCUGGUAAGAGUGUAGAUCCUUCCCUAUAUCGUAGCAUGAUAGGUAGUCUUCUCUAUCUCACAGCUACUAGGCCUGACAUUGCCUUUAGUGUAGGAGUGUGUGCUCGCUUUCAGGCGGAUCCAAAAGAGUCACACCUAAGCUCUGUUAGACGCAUAAUCAGGUAUAUCAGUGGUACAGUGGAUCUAGGGAUAUUCUAUUCUAGGAAUUUCAAUCUUGAUUUGGCUGGAUACUCCGACGCCGAUUGGGCCGGAAAUGCAGAUGAUAGGAAAAUGGUAAUCCAACAUAGGUAG